AUGAAGUGUUUGCAGGUUGGUCAGUUUGCUGAGCAGUUUGAUGUAAGCGAAGAUGAACUGAUUUCGGACGACCCACGCUUCAGCUUCAUUGAAGCUGAAAUAACUAAUUGGAAUUACAGGAAAAAGGAGUUAUUUCUGCACAAUCGCACAGAACCUCUGAAAUACGAUCGACUUUGCAUUGCCACUGGAGCUCACCCUAUCUCACCUUUUCCGAACGAGAAAGUCCUCACUAUAAGGGAUACAGAAUCUGCGGAGGAGCUCCAGCAUCGCCUCAAGCACGCUAAACAUGUUGCUGUUGUUGGGAACGGCGGCAUUGCUACUGAGGUUGUAUUUGAGAUGAGAGGGGUCGCGAUAACGUGGAUUAUUCGCGAUGACUCUAUAUCCUCCGUUUUCUUCAGUCCCAAAUUCACGGAAUUCUUUAAGAAAAGGGUGGAAGAGGGACGUCUUGCUGGUUCGUAG